AUGGACGUGGACGUGGACGUGGUUGUGGACGUGGACGUGGAGGACGUGGCCGUGGACGUGGACGUGGAGGACGUGGACGUGGACAUGGACGUGGACGUGGACGUGGACGUGGACGUGGACCUGGACGUGGACAUGGACGUGGACGUGGACGUGGACGUGGACGUACACGUGGACGUGGACGUGGACGUGGACGUACACGUGGACGUGGACGUGGACAUGGACGUGGACGUGGACGUGGACGUGGACGUGGACGUGGACGUGGACAUGGACGUGGUUGUGGACGUGGACGUGGAGGACGUGGACGUGGACGUGGACGUGGAGGACGUAGACGUGGACAUGGACGUGGACGUGGACGUGGACGUGGACGUGGACAUGGACGGACGUGGACGUGGACGUGGACGCGGACGUGGAGAUGGACGUGGACGUGGACGCGUGGACGUGGACGUGGACGUGGACGCGGACAUGGACGUGGACGUGGACGUUGUCGUGGUCGUGGACGUGGACGUGGACGUGGACAUGGUCGUGGACGUGGACGUGAACGUGGACGUGGACGUGGACGUGGACGUGGACAUGGACGUGGACGUGGACGUGGACGUACACGUGGACGUGGACGUACACGUGGACGUGGACGUGGACGUGGACGUGGACGUGGACCUGGACGUGGACGUGGACGUGGACGUGGACGUGGACGUGGACGUGGAGAUGGACGUGGACGUGGACAUGGACGUGGACGUGGACAUGGACGUGGACGUGGACGUGGACGUGGACGUGGACUUGGACGUGGACGUGGACGUGGACGUGGACGUGGACGUGGAGGUGGACAUGGUCGUGGAGGUGGACGUGGACGUGGACGUGGACCUGGUCGUGGACGUGGACGUGGACGUGGACUUGGACGUGGACGUGGACGUGGACUUGGACGUGGACGUGGACGUAGACGUGGACGUGGACGUGGACGUGGACGUGGUCGUGGAGGUGGACGUGGACGUGGACGUGGACGUGGUCGUGGACGUGGACGUGGACGUGGACGUGGACGUGGACGUAGACGUGGACGUGGACGUGGACGUGGACGUGGACGUGGACGUACACGUGGACGUGAACGUGGACGUGGACGUGGACGUGGACAUGGACGUGGACGUGGACGUGGACGUGGAGAUGGACGUGGACAUGGACGUGGACGUAAACGUUGACGUAGACGUGGACGUGGACGUGCACGUGGACCUGGACGUGGACGUGGACGUGGACGUGGACGUGGACUUGGACGUGGACGUGGACGUGGACGUGGACAUGGACGUGAACGUGGACGUGGUCGUGGCUGUGGACGUGGACGUGGACGUGGACGUGGUCGUGGACGUGGACGUGGACGAGGACGUGGACGUGGAGGUGGACGUGGACGUGGACGUGGUCGUGGACGUGGACGUGGACGUGGUCGAGGACGUGGACGUGGACGUGGACGUGGACGUGGACAUGGACGUGGACGUGGACGUGGACGUGGACGUGGACGUGGACAUGGACGUGGACGUGGACGUGGACGUGGACGUGGACCUGGACGUGGACGUGGACGUGGACGUGGAGGACGUGGACGUGGACGUGGACGUGGAGGACGUGGACAUGGACAUGGACGUGGACGUGGACGUGGACGUGGACAUGGACGUGGACGUGGACAUGGACGUGGAUAUGGACGUGGACAUGGACGUGGACGUGGACGUGGACGUGGACGUGGACGUGGUCGUGGACGUGGACGUGGACGUGGACAUGGACGUGGACGUGGACGUGGACGUGGAGGUGGACGUGGACGUGGACAUAGACGUGGUCGUGGACGUGGACGUGGACGUGGUCCUGGACGUGGACGUGGACGUGGACGUGGACAUGGACGUGGACGUGGACGUGGUCGUGGUCGUGGACGUGGACGUGGACGUGGAGAUGGACGUGGACGUGGACGUGGACGUGGACGUGGAGAUGGACGUGGACGUGGACGUGGACGUGGACGUGGACGUGGACGUGGACGUGGACGUGGUCGUGGACGUGGACGUGGACGUGGACGUGGUCGUGGACGUGGACGUGGACUUGGACGUGGUCGUGGACGUGGACGUGGACUUGGACGUGGUCGUGGACGUGGUCGUGGACGUGGACAUGGUCGUGGACGUGGACGUGGACGUGGACGUGGACGUGGACUUGGACGUGGACGUGGACGGGGACGUGGACAUGGACGUGGACGUGGACUUGGACGUGGACGUGGACGUGGACGUGGACGUGGACAUGGUCGUGGUCGUGGACGUGAACGUGGACGUGGACGUGGACGUGGACAUGGUCAUGGACGUGGACGUGGACGUGGACGUGGACGUGGACGUCGACAUGGUCGUGGACGUGGACGUGGACGUGGACGUGGACAUGGUCGUGGACGUGGACCUGGUCGUGGACGUGGACGUGGACGUGGACAUGGACGCGGACGUGGACGCGGACGUGGACGUGGACGCGGACAUGGACGUGGACGUGGACGUGGACGUGGACGUGGACAUGGACGUGGACGUGGACCUGGUCGUGAACGUGGACGUGGACGUGGACGUGGACGUGGACAUGGUCGUGGACGUGGACGUGGAGGUGGACAUGGUCGUGGACGUGGACGUGGAGGACUUGGACGUGGAGAUGGACGUGGACUUGGACGUGGACUUGGACGUGGACGUGGACGUGGACCUGGUCGUGGACGUGGACGUGGACCUGGUCGUGGACGUGGACGUGGACGUGGACGUGGACCUGGUCGUGGACGUGGACGUGGACGUGGACGUGGACGUGGACGUGGACGUGGAGAUGGACGUGGACGUGGACGUGGACAUGGACGUGGACGUGGACGUGGACGUGAACGUGGACGUGGACGUGGACGUGGACGUGAACGUGGACGUGGACGUGGACGUGGACGUGGACGUGGACUUGGACGUGGUCGUGGACGUGGACGUGGACUUGGACGUGGUCGUGGACGUGGUCGUGGACGUGGACAUGGUCGUGGACGUGGACGUGGACGUGGACGUGGACGUGGACGUGGACGUGGACGUGGACUUGGACGUGGACGUGGACGUGGACGUGGACGUGGACGUGGACUUGGACGUGGACGUGGACGUGGACGUGGACAUGGACGUGGACGUGGACAUGGUCGUGGACGUGGACGUGGACGUGGACGUGGACAUGGUCGCAAGCUCCUGGACCAGGCAAGCUCGUGGACCAGGCAUGCUCCUGGACCAGGCAAGAUCCUAG